AUGAAUAAUGAUUAUAGAGAAGUGAAUCAAAAUGAACAAGAGGAAUAAUAAAUUUAUUUAGAAACUCCUAUUUAUAAAGAAGCAGUGAGUCAUUUUAGGACCACUUAAUAUUAUUUUAUUUCAUUUAACUCUUUGAAAAUUGGAUGUGGAUUUGCAUUAUUGUAUAUGAAUCACGAAUAAACCUAUUUAAAUUAUUGGAUUCUUGCAAUUAUGUUUCAUGCAUUUAUUAUGAUCAUUAUACAUAAGAAUCACUUAAAAUAUUUAACUAUGAAUAAAAGAGUAUUGGCAUAUAAAUUAGAUUAAAUUGUUGCUGCUCCAAUUGUAGAUUAAGUAAUUGAAUCAAGAAAAUUAAAUAUAUUAUCACGACAAAUAAAACUAGAAAUAGUCAAAAUGACAAUCUUUGGCAAAUGGUGUUGCAGAAUAAUUACUAUAAUUUAUUAACUUAUUUUUGGUUAUGGAGUAUACUUAUUUUGUAUAUAUUACAGUAUGAAAUCAGCAGAAUUAAUGAAUUAAUAUUACUUUUUAUGUGCAAUCCUUAUAAUCUCUCUCUAUCAAUACAUUGAUCUUUAUUUGAUAUUAGUCUUUGCAAUACUAGGUUCACCAUUUUUACUUAUCUUUGGUUGUUAUUACUGCGCAAACCUGUAAUGAAAUUUACUUAAAUGAAUAGAUUUGGAAAGGAACAACAAAGAAAUGAGAUUAGAACUAGAUUAUAAGGAAUCAAAUAUAAACCAAAUUUAAUAGAAGGAGAGUAAGAAUGUUGCAUUUGUAGAUGUCCUUAUGAAUUAAAUGAAGAAGUUGUUGUUCUGAAAUGCUCGAAAUUGCAUCAUUAUCAUGAAACCUGUAUUAUGGUAUUUUAAUUAUUUUCUAUUUUUAGUCUUGGGUUAAUAUCAAUAAUACGUGUCCAUUCUGUCGGAAAUCUAUUUGAUUAAAUCAUUUAAAUUGAAAAAUAUUUUACUAACCAAUUAAUUAAUUAAUUUUAAUUAUUUCAUGGAUUUUAAGGAGGUUAAUGCCAAUAAACAAUACAGAAAAAAUCACUUUGAAAAAGAGAUUAGAGAUAAGGCAAGGAGAUAAUUAGAAUAGGAGGAGGUGGAAUAAACCAAAAAUAAUUUAAGAAAAAAAAUUAAAUCACUUGAAGAUGUACAUAGAAGAGACAGAUCUGGCAAUAAAAAUUUGAGUAAUUUUCAAGGGAAUGGUGGAAAAUUCAAUAAUUGGGGUAAUGAUAGAGCAAUCAAUAAAGUAUUAAAGAGAAAAGAUAGACAAUAAAUAAAUGAUUAAAUCUGA